AUGCUCGACAUCGUCGCCUGCCGAUGGGAUCAGCAGAAACGCCAAUCUGGCGCCGCUGAAGCCCCAAUUGUCUUUAUCUACGGCAAUCUGGGGACCACAGUUUGUGAACUCACUUACUUUGCCUCGGAGUUGCUUGAUACUGCGCAGUCAAUCUCUCACCGACAGGUAUGCCAACACGGAAUUCGCGAUGCUGGGCACAUUUCCGCGCUUCAGUGUAUGAUUAAAGAGGAUGUCGCCUUUGGCUUUUGCACAUGUACUGAAGACCAUGGUGAUAUCAACAGCUUACGCAGCGCCUUUGCUGCCGAAAACCCGUCGCAGUAG